AUGUCUAACUUCUCAAAAUUCGGAUUGAAGCCAUCCAACCCACCAGGAAUUCUUACGACUAGUGCUGCUGAAUACCAAAUCAGUCAAGCCAUCUUUAUUCCAGCUGGUAAAGGAAUAGUGGAAACCUCUGGCCAGGUAGGUUUCGAUGAGGAGGGAAAGCUCCCAUCUGACCUCAAGACUGAGAUCUUCAAUGCUUUCAAGAACGUGGACACUGUUCUCAAGAAUGCCGGUGUUGCUGAUGGUUUCAAAUCAGUCUACCAUGCUGUCAUCUACCAGACCGUCUAUGAUGAGGAAGCUCAUGGAUACGUUGCCGAUGCUGCUCGCAUUUAUUAUGGUGAACAAAAGCCUACAUGCACCGGUAUGAAGGUUUUGGAGUUGUCAGAGGGAGCUCGCAUUGAGAUUGAAGUGAGAGCUGUUGUCAAAUAA